GACACAUCAAUCCACCUUGAGGCGAAUACCCAAAUCCACAACAGAGUACUUGGAGCUCCCACUGCAGUCGCGCCAAGCUACUCGAGCUGUCCAUCUUAGCCCAGCAGUAUCAUGAUGUCAUAACAUCAUCAUUCUAAAUGAUGCAAACACAGCAUUCCCAAACUCCGAGAGCUUCCAGAAAGCUCAAAAGCUAUUACAUCCCACAGACAUUCAGCCGUCACCUGCCAUUGAUCUCCAUCUUAUUGGCCGAAACUCAUUCUCAGUCUCAGUCCCUACCAGUCAAUAUCACCGUCGACUUACACAAACCAGAAUCAUGGUCACUCCCAUGCGCUUAGGUCGUGCGCUCCGCGCCACCUGUACCCCGAGGCUCAUCCGCCCUCAUCCGACCUACCGCAGCUUCACAAUCGGCCCCCGCCUGUCUGGUCAGGAAGGCUACGGCGACUCUACGGGCAACCCCAUUGCCGAGAAUCCCCAAAAGCAGCCCGAGUCCAACAAGGCUCAGGAGUCGUCAGAGCACCCCGGGCCCGCACCGCCGGAUGUUGGUCAAGGCAAAAAGGGUAGCAGUGGUGGCAGCAAGACUCCCGAGGACGCGAGCGCCGCGUCGGGCGGAAGUCGUUCCAAGGAGGCUGCCGAGACCGGUUCAAGCCCGACGGGCGGCUCAAUCCGCGACGGUGGUGCAAACAAAGGUGAUGGCAGCCCCGUGGCGACGGAGAGAGGCGGGGAGGGACUGAAGGGGCCCCAGGGUGACGGCACUCCGCAGCCCUCCGUCCGGAACCAGUCGAUUCCAGGUGCGAAGCCCGGACUGACGGAAGAGCAGAAGCGUGAGGUCGAGAACCACAACGUCGACUUUGACAAGCGCCAUGACCGCGGCGGCCAGGCUCCUGACGACCUGGUGGAUAAGAAGUUCUGGCAAGGAGAGUAAGUCGUGCUGCGUUCCUUGUGCGGUGGUCCGUCCUGGGCAGAUGUGCUGUUCAAGUCCCCAUUAUCAGACUAACUUAAUGGCGUUCUGCAGCGCUGGCCCGAAACGUGACGGCACCGAAACCGACUGGAAUGCUUAAGGCGAUGGCGACGGCGAAGGGCAUGCACUACUCGUUGUAAUAGUAAGAUCUCAAUCGAACAAAUUGUGACCGAA